AUGUCCGUCUGCUCCAGUGAAAGGAGCUAUGGCAGCCGUAUCUGCCUGCCCAAUGACUACCCUCGCUCCUCCUACGAGGUGGACGACUGCCCAGAGAGCUACUGCGAGCCACCAUGCUGUUCCUCCUGCUGUGUCCCCACCAGCUGCACCCCAGCCUCCUGUCUGACUUUCAUCUGCACUCCCAUGAGCUGUGGCUCGAGCCCCUGCCAAUCCACCUGCACCAGCUCCUGUGAGCCCUCCUGCUGCCAGUCAUCCAGCUGCACGUCUUCCCCCUGCCAGCAGGCCUGCUGUGUGCCUGUCUGCUGCAAGCCUGCCUGCUGUGUGCCUGUCUGCUGCAAGCCUCCUUCCUGCUGCCAGAAGUCUAGCUGUCAGCCAUCCAACUGCGCAUCCUCCCCCUGCCAGCAGGCCUGCUGUAUGCCUGUCUGCUGCAAACCUGUCUGCUGUGUGCCCGUGUCCUGCAAGCCAGUCUGCUGUGUGCCUGUGUCCUGCAAGCCUGUCUGCUGUGUGCCUGUGUGCUGUGGGGCCUCCCCCUGCUCUUCCUCCUCGAGCUGCAAGCCUUCUCCCUGUGCUCCCCCCUGCUGCAAGCCCUCCUCCUCCAUGUCCCUCAUCUGCCGUCCUGUGUGCAAGCCUGCCUGCUGUGCUCCUGCUUCAUCCUGUUGUGCCCCUGCCUCCUCUUGUAUGUCCCUGAUCUGUCGCCCCAUGUGCCGCCCAGCCUGCUGA